UACUGAAGCAGCUCAGGACUUGGCGCGAGCGUCAUGGCGAACUCGAGAAGCAGUACCUGACCGCGAUGGAGAAGUAUUCGGAGCGACUUCGAGUGGCAGCUGCCUUACAAGCGGACGUUUUACCUCGAAAGACCUGACAAAGAUGGCGGGCGGGUACGAGCCGGCGCAGUACGAACGGGAUGUUGUGCGCUUGCGCAUUGUUCGCACUCAACAAAAUGAACAAAUUAUGGUGCUUCGUGAAGAGAUAAAUAAGUUAAAACUGAAGCCUCUCUCAUACCACCCACCGCUGCCGUCGGGGAGUCCUCCGGAUUCCAAUCGCUCACAGAUAUAUCUCUUCAACAUACCGCAUACCAGACAUUUCCGAAAGAAAUAUUUUCCAAUAACACCUUUGGGAUCCCAAACGAAAUUAGUUUACGACGUCAAUAUAAUGAAGUUAUUGUACGAUUGUCUGGAUGCUAUGAGGGUGAGUCGCGAUGAUGCGGACGAGCUGCUCCGGGAGCUGACUGCGGAGCUUCCUGAUGUCAUCUCCGGCGCCAAGACCCGUUAUGAGAUCGUGGACCGCAUCGUUCGCAAGUGGCUACUGCGGUAUGGCGGCGACCCCAGCCUGUACAAGAAACAGACCCGAGCCUUCGAUGCCCUCGCAGCCUUGGCAGACCGCCUCAUUCGUCAGCAUGUGGAAGCUAUGGAAGGAACGGCUCGUCAGGAAUCAUCUCAUGUGCUGGAGUCUCUAGAAGAAGCUCUACAAGACGUGUCCCUCGACAAGAAACAUCUGCACGAGAGGCUCGCUCCAUGUCUGGCAGCUCUGUUGCAUUCUGCAGAUGUUGUCGAUAUAGCCACCGAAGAAACUAUGACGUCACUUGUGAAAUCAUUAAUCGACGAGGAUAAUCCAUUGACGGCUGCUUCUAUAGACGCCAUCGAUGUUGCUGAAGUCAUUGAGGAUUUGAAAGAUUGUGGAGUUGCAACAGCACGAGAAAAUUUAGAAUUCGUGGUAAAAACUGCCAUAGAUUGCUUAAGAGCUCAGCUGGUGAGCGCAGACGAAGCAAAAUACAUUGAAGAGGAAGUGACACGAGCACUUGCCGCGGACUCAAAAUCGUUGGUGUCAGAGAUGGAUCCUCCUAAAAAAUACGACGAAGAACAAAAAUAACUUAACGGUGUAGUUAAAAAACACGAUCUUUUUAAAGAUGUGCCUAAAUAGCAUACAAUUUAUGAAAUGUCAAUUUUAUUUUUAUUAGGUUAUAUCAUUUGCCUAAGACAUAAUAUUAUGUUAGCAUUUAAAGCUAUUUACUGAUGUGUCUCUAUAAUAUAACCCUCGCACGUUGGAGUGGGACAGGCAAUGACGUUCUAUACAUAUAGACAAUGCACUUCAUACAAAAUCAAAGCCGAAAUAUGGCACAUGCCACAAAUGAUACCAUAAUAACCUUCGACAGCUAUUUCUAUACAUUUCUUCGUUUACUCCAGUUUUUUUUUAAUAUUAUUGGUCAAUAGGCAGCAAUUUAAAAACUAAUUUGGUUUCAGCUGCGUAUUUUGAAUUUAGAACCCGAUUUGGACAGUGACAUCAGUGGAGUAGCAGUUAGGUUUUGUUAAAACCCAGACGAAAAAGAGGGUUGCUAUAAGUUUUACGUUCGUCAGUCCGUCCCUAUUUUCCGAUCAAGAUCUGUUUAGUCGGAGGUUUAUUACGUUUUUAAUUAAAAAUCACAUUUAUAUUACAAAGGGGAACGUUUGUAUGUUUAUUGAUUGGCUUGUGUUUAUGUUUGUUGCUUCUUUACGUUCUAAAGGUAUUUAAUAAGUUAAGAUAACCUUUAAUGAGAAAAACUAAUGCUCAAAUCUAAUAUUUUUAUUUACAUAAAAUAAUUAGUUCAACUGGUUAUUAAAACGUUAAGUUCCUUGAAUAAAAUAAAAUUUGUCUUUUAGUAUUAGAUAACUUUUCCGUGGUAUCUUUUUGGUAUAUGUAGUGUAAGUGGACAUCAACAUAAUAUAUUUGUAUUUUACAGCUUUUGUCAAAUUUUAAAUGUGGUUAAAUCCAAAAAUCUUAAAUCCUUUAGUAGUGAAAUAUAAAUAUGCUUAUUUGGUUUUAGAUUUCUUCACAUCUCUCUCUUGUUACCAACUGGCGCCAAUUCUCUUUCAUUAUAUCGUGUACGGGAAAGCUCAAAAAUAUAAGCUUUUACAUAUUUACAAUGUAAAUAAGUAUCAAUUAUCACUAGGUUUACUAGUGAUACUUCCGUGAUAACGUGUAAAUAGCAAUAGUAUGUAAGUCUUCACGUUGUUGUAAGCCGUUCACAUUGUUCAGUAGGUCUUUAAAAAAAUUUAACAUAAAGUUAACCGACUUUAAAAACACUAUUCCAAAACAAUAGAUAUAAUAUGCAUUAAAAAUUUAAAAACAUUUGCGUAUCUUUAAACAAUUAAAUUAAUAAAUCUAAUUCAAGUAACGAUUAGUGUUAUUUUUGAUGUACUGUGUGCGACUCAAGCACAUCUCACCUACAACUAUGUAUGUAGUUACAAACCUACCUUGGCUGACACCGACUCCAAAAAUAACAAUAAUCGUUACUAGAAUAAGAUUUAUUAAUUGCAAUGGGACCACACGGGAUGCACCGGCUUUCAAAUAAAAAGAGAAUUAUCAAAAUUGGUUCACCCAGUCGAAAGAUCGGGCGGCCUACCAUGAACUCUUAUUGCGAUUCAAUUGACAACCUAAAAUGAACUGCUUUGCUAUUUCGUACCACUACGUGAUUAGAGCUAUCUAGUUUAGGUUGACGUCAAAUUAACUGAUUAAAUUGCAAUGAUGUCAAUUGAAUGUCAAGAGUUAUGUCAGUUGAAUCGCAAACUGAUUUAGUUCGUUCAUUCAUUCGUACUAUGAGGUAAUAUUUCAACCUACACUGGAUAGCUGAUGUGUCAAAGUGAGCGAUUCGAAAAAAGUUGUUACUUCCUUAUAACUAGGAAAGUGAAUCGUGUUGUUAAUAACUUUUAAAAAAUAGUGAAAACAUACAGAAAAGGGAAAUUUUAUUGAUGAAAGAUGAGAUGAGAAUACUUUAUUGGACUUUUUUGUAAAACAAAAUACUGAAAAUAAAUACCAAAAAUGAAAAUAUUAAAGACGAGGCAGUAAAGGUCCGGGCUAUAGCCUGUUCGCAAGAACGAAUAAAAAAAAUGUACUCUGUGCUCCUGUCAAAUCAAACAUAUAGCACACUUUGGCUUGUUUAUUGACAGUCAGUUGACACACGACUAAGGAGAAAAGUGUGCUUACAUUGUCUUUAAGCGCACUUUUCCCAUUCCGUUAUCAGACUGCGAAUGAUAUGUCUAUAUGUAUAGAACGUCAUUGGGGAGAGGCUCUAAUCUUAGUGACAUCAGUGAUCAGGCCUCCAUCACGUUUUAGUUCAAGCGCGCUCGAGUAGUUAGCUGUUACAUACUAUAGGUAUAGCUACUACUAUAGCAAAGUAUAGUUCUUUAUGUUUUCACAAAUUCCAUUUAGGUUAUUUAAAUAUCGUGCUUUAUUUAUAAGAAUUUCAUUUAUUUAAAUUUUUAUCUCAUUCAAAAAUUUUUGUUGUUUUGAAACGAUCAUUGAUAAUGAUGUACAAUUAUUUAUAAUUACAAUAACCUCUAGUUUACAU